CGGGAAAUCGGCUGCUCCGGACCGGAGGAAGGUUUACAUCAUUACAUGUGAGAUCAACAUACACCGCUAACCGAUAAAUACCCGAACAUUGCAAUGGCUGACAAAGUUAACGAUCUAUUUGGGCGUUUUGGCAAAGGUCCUCGGGGUCUAGGGACUGGCGUGAAGCUAUUAGCGGUCGCCGGUGCCGCUGCCUAUGGAAUUUCACAGUCUAUGUACACAGUUGAUGGUGGUCACCGAGCAAUCAUCUUCAGCCGCAUUGGGGGUGUACAAAAGGAUGUAUACACUGAAGGGUUACACUUCAGAAUCCCUUGGUUCCAGUAUCCAAUCAUCUAUGACAUCAGAGCUCGCCCAAGGAAAAUCAGCUCUCCUACUGGUAGUAAAGACCUUCAGAUGGUGAAUAUAUCCUUACGAGUUUUAUCAAGACCUAUAGGAGAUGCAAUCCCUUUUAUACACCAGACCUUGGGACCUGAUUUUGAUGAAAAGGUUCUUCCCUCUAUUUGCAAUGAAGUCCUGAAAUCAGUUGUAGCCAAAUUCAAUGCAGCACAGUUAAUCACAAUGAGACAACAGGUGUCUCUUAUGAUACGCAGAGAUCUUACUCAAAGAGCGGAAGAUUUUCAAAUCAUAUUAGAUGAUGUAUCAAUCACGGAAUUGAGUUUCGGGAAAGAAUACACAUCUGCCGUAGAAGCUAAACAGGUAGCACAACAAGAAGCCCAGCGAGCCUCGUUUGUGGUAGAAAGAGCCAAGAUGGAGAGACAGCAAAAAAUUGUCCAAGCUGAGGGUGAAGCAGAAGCCGCAAAAUUGAUAGGUAAUGCAAUUAAUAAGAAUCCUGGCUAUUUGAAGCUGAGAAAGAUCAAAGCUGCAGCAAGCAUCGGUAAAACGAUUUCACAGUCCCAAAACAGAGUCUAUUUAGGAGCUGACACCUUAAUGCUCAACCUCAAUGAGAAGGAAUUUGAUGACAAUGUCAUGCGAGUUUCUAAAUAGUGAGACGUACUCUGGUUCUUGUAACUGUUGUCAGUUAUGUUCAUUAUGUAGCAAGUAAAUUAAUUUUUUCUUUUGUUUCGCCAUGGUAAAUACAUAAUUUCCUUAGUACAUUGUUUUUCAUUUAAUACAGCUGCAUUACAAGAGUUUUUCUGUAUAUUCCUUUAGUGGUUAAAUAUGUGCAUUGUCUUGUUUUGUUUACAAGUUUAGUUGUAAUAGCCUGACAGUCAGUCAUGUCUUCAUUUACUGGAAUUAUAUUUUUUUUUACUAGUAUAUCUAUACAGUUUUACUAACUGCAAUUCUAACUGAUUGUGGGUUACAUGUAUAUAAACUUUGGGCACUUUAGUUUGAUAAAUAAAUUGUAAAUAUAGGAAUA